GUUUCGAAUUGAAUUAUUGAAGAGCUGUGUGUCUCUGUUUUGCCAAAGAGGAAACUAGGAAGGAUGAAGAAAAGGGGGAAAAGCAAGGUCGCGAUGGUUGAUCUUCUCACAACGCCAUCACCGAGAUCUUCCCCGCCGUACGAUUCCCCGAACUCGGCGAUCUUCAUCAGAACGGCUUCGAUCUCCAAGAACACUAAGAGAACAACGGUUGGCCUCUCCAAAUCUCAAACUCUCAAGACUGUCAGCAAUGUCUCGGAGUUGAAGGACCUCGCUUCUACGCGUCUUGACGAACUCAAGAACCUGAUUGAUAGCUCUCACUCAGAGAUCCUCAACAAUCUCGAGGCUUCCCAGUCACGUCUCCGCAAGAGACUUAAGAUGCAGACUCAGUCAUGCCAGCAAAUAAUGGAUGAAGCAGAUAAAGAAUAUAAAAAAGUUUCUGAAAGAAUUGCUGAAAAUCAAGAAUUAAUGAAGGCCUCAUAUAGUGAAUUUAUUGCAGAUGCACAGAUCAACUCAUCGCGCGCCAGCAAAACGUCCAUUGCAGACCUAUCGCAGUCAUUUGACAAGGCAAUUGACUCUCUUCGAAAACGUUUCGGAAUUUCGUCAACCUAGCCAACUGACAGCUCUGUAAGGCAAGUGGCAAUUCUAGAUGCGUUCGAUGAACUAUGUCUAAGAACUGGUUUUGUACCUAACAUUUCGAGUUGGAAUUUGUGAUGGACUACGGCAAGAUCUGCUCGAUCACAUUGCCUUUUCCAAAUUUUAACAUUCCCUCUGUUAAACUGAUUGUCCUCCUAUAGUGUUUGAUACUUGAAAAGAUUGGGGAAAUUCAGUUGGAUUUUAGAAAA